UGUGUGCUUUCAUGAUUGUUGCAAUACAAAGGGUUUUAAAGAAGUGCUUUGAAUGUUAUAUAGUUGAAUUGCCAUAGUAUUUUGACAAGCAAAGUAUGGGUGAGUUCGACUGUUACAAGCCUGCACUGGCUAUGAUUGGGCUACAAUUCAUUUAUGCAGGGUUUGCUCUCUUUACUGGAGUUGCUUUAGUUCAAGGUAUGAGCCCCAGGGUGUUUGUGGUCUACAGGCAAGUCAUAGCCACAUUGAUCAUGGCUCCUAUAGCUUGUUUUAGAAGAAGGAGGAAUUCUGGUCGGAUCUCAUUGGGAAUAAGGAGCUUUUCUUUAAUAUUUGUGACAUCUCUUAUUGGGGUGACAGCAAAUCAGAACGCCUAUUUUGAAGGCCUGUACUUGGCCUCUUCAACAGCAGCAAGUGCCAUGGUCAAUCUGAUCCCUGCAAUCACCUUUGUAAUGGCAGCCAUUUUAGGAAUGGAGAAAGUUAAUAUACGAAGCUUCAGAAGUAGUGCCAAGAUACUAGGGACAGCCGUCUGUGUUGGUGGAGCCAUCUCAAUGGCAUUGCUUAAAGGGCCAAAGCUAUUAAACAUGGAAUUGCUACCAUCAAAAUCUAUCUUUGGAGCAGGAGGUGAUAAUUGGCUGUUGGGUUGUCUCUCUCUCUUUGGAAGCAGUUGUUUCUGGUCAUUUUGGGUGAUUAUGCAGGUACCAGUUACAGCAUGCGUUCCUGAUCAUAUAUAUUCAUCUACUUGGAUGCUUUUCUUGGCAAUGAUACAAUCAGCAAUAUUUGCAUUGCUCAUAGAGAAUGGCCCGGAAGCAUGGUAUUUGCAUUCAGUUGAGGAAUUUGGAUGUUGUUUAUAUGCCGGAAUUGGAUCUGCAGUUACCUUUUUUGUUCAGACCUGGUGCAUAUCACAAAGGGGUCCGCUCUUUUCUGCAAUGUUCAAUCCUCUAUGCACAGUCAUUACAACCAUUAUAGCUUCUGUGUUUCUACAAGAAGAGUUAUAUACCGGAAGCUUGCUAGGGGCUUUUGCUGUGAUCAUUGGUUUAUAUGUUGUGCUUUGGGGUAAAGCCGAAGACCUUAGAGAGAUCAAACAGGAGGCCGUUCCAAAGCUAUAGCAUGAUCAGGAAAAAAUGGGGCAAGUGUUGAUAAAUGAAUCUUCAAAGAAGAAGAAUAGUAAAGUUGAUUUGGAAGAACCAUUACUCUCUUAAAAUUAAUUAAAUAAUGUUUAAGUAAUUAUGAUGAAUCAGCAAUGACAAAAACAUUUGAAUUUUUGUUGCU